UCGAGUCAGUAUCGAUAGAACCUUUCAGUUUGUCGGUCCUUUUGUUUUCUUAGACAAAAAAGUGAUCUACGUAAAUAAGGUAGAAUAAUGUUAAAAUGGAUUAUAGCUGUGGCGUGCUUUGGAAGUAUUUUUGUAGACAGUUUUUGGGUGGUCAAGCCUGGCCCAAAGUACCCUCCGACAAAGGGUGAGGUCUGGCCAAAGCCACAAUAUGAAAUCAAAGAAAGCACAUAUUAUACAUUCAACCCUUCCCAUUUUAAAGUUAAGAAUUUAGAUCAGAGCUGCGAUAUUUUAACGAAUGCAAUCGAAAGGUACUCGUAUAUUGUAAGAAGUAAAAAUGGGGGAAGAUAUCGUAGUGUAAAAAAACACUCUCACCGGAAACACAAUGAAUUGAAUAAGGGGGCGCUAAAUGAGCUGGAGAUUACUUUGUCAGCUCCUUGCGAGGAAUAUCCUCACCUGGACAUGGAUGAAAGCUAUAAUCUGACCGUUUCGGCGACGUCAAAGCUCUACAGUUCUUCAAUAUGGGGUAUACUUCGGGGUCUUGAAACUUUUGCGCAUCUCUUUUAUUUGUCAGACGAUCGAAACGAAAUACGUAUAAAUACUACUGAAAUAAAUGACUUUCCCCGAUACAAACACAGGGGAUUAUUGUUAGAUACAUCUCGACAUUAUAUAACGAUAUCCAAUAUACUCAAGACUUUGGAUGCGAUGACAAUGAAUAAAAUGAAUGUUUUCCAUUGGCAUAUCGUUGAUGACCAAAGUUUCCCUUACCAAAGUGAAAGAUUUCCAGAAUUAAGCGAAAAAGGUGCAUAUGACUCGUCAUUGGUGUAUACAAAGGAAGAUAUAGAGAGAGUAGUUCAAUAUGCAAGGGAACGGGGCAUUCGGGUGAUACCAGAGUUUGAUGUUCCUGGGCAUACAAGUUCUUGGGGUAAUGCGCAUCCCAACAUACUCACCGAGUGUUACGAGGGAGACGAAGUAAUCGGCAUGGGACCGAUGGAUCCAACUAAAAAUAGUACUUAUAAACUACUUCGAGAUCUCUUCCAAGAAGUUCAGACAUGGUUUCCAGACAAAUAUUUCCACGUCGGUGGUGAUGAGGUUCAAUUAGAUUGUUGGAAAUCAAAUCCAGAACUCAGGCAAUAUAUGAAAAAAAACAAUUUGACAGCGUCGGAUUUGCAUACGUUAUUUAUGAGGAAUGUGAUUCCACUCUUGGCAGAUAAUUCAAAACCCAUCGUUUGGCAGGAAGUCUAUGACGAAGGAGUAAUUCUAUCAAAAGAUACCCUUAUACAAGUCUGGAAAUAUAACUGGAUCAGUGAAAUGAUAUCGAUUCUUUAUUCUGGACAAAAGCUUUUAUUCUCUUCAACUUGGUAUCUCGACUCAAUUUCCUCGCAGUGGACUGACUUCUAUGUAUUUGAUCCUCGCAAAAUGGUAUACGACGUUACGCAAAACCAGACUUUGCUAGAGGGCAUUGUCGGGGGCGAAGCUUGCAUGUGGGGAGAAAUGGUGGACGAUAGAAAUGUGUUAAAUAGGGUAUGGCCACGAGCGAGUGCUGUUGCUGAAAAACUUUGGAGUGCUCCAGCCUACAAUAUAAUGUCAAAAUCUUCUAUUCCAACUGAAGCCUACCACCGGAUAGAGGAACACACGUGCCGUAUGAUACGACGAGGCAUCGACGCCCAACCACCUACGGGUCCUGGAUUUUGUGUAGUUUAAUGAGGUUGUGUUCAUACUAAUAUAAAAAAAAAACAUUUUAAAUGAUAUUAAUAAAUGAUGAAAUGAUUGUCUUUAUAAGUAAAACUUGAG